AUUCUACUUCCAUUGAUUGUAUAUCUUAUAUCUUACUGUAUCAUAUUCAACAUGCCUGCUCAUCACUCCCACGCUCCUCGUCUGCAUCAUAUCGGCCGGUGGAUGCCCUCCACCAACGCCGCUCACCACGAAUGGCUCGGCGGCGUCAUCGACCACGUCGACAAACGCAAAGCCCACCCCCUCCACCCCGCCAUCGAAGACUUCAAACAGCUCAUCGAGUCCAACACCCGCGUCUUCAUCCUCGUCUCCUCCAUGUUCGAGGAACUCCCCCGCAACCGCACCUACUCCACCGACCCCACCGGCACGCCCCAGAUCAGAGACUACCACCACCUCCUCCACGUCCUCAACUACCUCAUCACCACCGCCCCCACCUGGUCCGACAUGUCCCACCGCGUCGGCCUCGUCGGCCUCCCCAUCAACGCCGUCCUCGACUGGUCAAUGGGCACCCCCUCCGGCUACGCCGCCUACCUCGAUCCGGACAUCAACGCCGCCCUCAAGAAGAUCCUCGACGCAUGGGGCGCCUUCCUCUCCUCCCCGGCCUCCGCAGAAUGCAUCAACCCCGGCCCCCACGGCUGGCUCGGCCCCACCGCCAAACCAGACCUCUGCGCCGUCGCCAACGAGCCCACCGCCUCCUCCCUCUCCUUCGAAGACCUCUACGUCUGCGACCCUGCCGCCCCGCACCACGGCUACACCUCCUGGGACGACUUCUUCACCCGCCUCUACCGCCCGGGCAUCCGCCCCGUCGCCGACCCGCACAACGAAGCCGUCAUCGCCAACGCCUGCGAAUCAACCCCCUACAAGAUCGCCCACCGCGUCAAGUCCCGCGACCGCUUCUGGAUCAAAUCCCAGCCCUACUCCCUCCAAGACAUGCUCGCCCACGACCCCCUCGCCCACUCCCACUUCACCCACGCCACCGUCUACCAGGCCUUCCUCUCCGCCCUCAGCUACCACCGCUGGCACGCCCCCGUCUCCGGCACAAUCCACAAGGCCUACACCGUCCCGGGCACGUACUACGCGGAGCCCCUCUUCGAGGGCAUCGCCGACCCCGACUCGCAAGUCGCGCCGGCGGCGCACCGCAUCGACCUCGCGGGCCAGGUCACGGCGCAGGAAUACAACAGCGCCACCGCAACCCGCGCAAUCAUCUUCAUCGACUCGCAUAACCCGGCCAUCGGGAUGGUGGGGUUCAUCGCCGUCGGGAUGUGCGAGGUGUCGACGUGUGAUAUUACGGUGCGCGCGGGCCAGCAGGUCCACAAGGGGGACGAGCUCGGCAUGUUUCAUUUUGGCGGCAGCACCCAUUGUUUGGUGUUUAGGGAGGGCAUUAAGCUGGAGGGGUUGCCUGUGCCGGGCGAGGUGACGCAUAAUGUGCCGGUUAAGAGUAAGUUGGGGACUGUUAAUGGGUGAUUAUUUAAUUUUUUUUUUUUU